UUUUCAACUAUUGUCUUCAAAUCUAGAUAUAUAUUUUUUGCUCUUUCGAAUACAAUUUUUGAAAACUCAUUUCAAGAAUGAAGUUUUGCUGAUUAUACUGAAUUGCUUGAAACAAAAUUUGUACCAAAAAAUAUUGAGUACGAAAAAAUAAUCCACUUGAAAAAAUUUCAGGCUUUUUACAAUAUUUCUCUAUAGAAGUAUUACCUCUUAAUUAUAAUUGAGAGAAAGCAAACCAACCGCGCUGUUUUGAAAUGACAUUGUCGUUGGUUAAAAGUUUGGUCGUGUUUGGUGUGUUGAUUGUCGUAGUUAGUUGUGACGUUUCUGAAGGAACCUCAAACGCAUGUCAAAAAAGAACCAGUGUCAAUGAGGAAGAGAGAGUAUGCGAGGAUGUGGCCUACACAGAGAGAUACAAAGCCAAAUGUUGGAAUCUUUUCAAAUGGUUCUCAUGCACCAAAACUAGAACUGCUUAUCACGAGGAGUGUAGAAUGGAACCGGUGACCACGAUUGUGAUCACGUGGGAGUGCUGCAGUGGUUAUCAGGAGACAAGUAACCGCCGAUGCAGACCCGUCUGUUCGAGCGGAUGUGAAAACGGAGACUGCAUUGCACCCGACAAUUGCAGAUGUCACGAUGGGUUUAGAGGCAUCAGUUGCGACAGCUCGUGUCAGCCAGGUUCUUUUGGACCCAGCUGUGCUAACAGUUGCAGCUGUGAAAAUGGAGCCGAUUGUGACCCAAUCGACGGAUCUUGCACCUGUGCAGCUGGCUAUAUUGGCCACAGGUGUGAACAAGAGUGUGACGAGUGGAAACAUGGGCUGGAUUGUGUACAGGAUUGUGUGUGUUUGAAGAACCAAACGCAGUUUUGUGAAAAUACCAACGGAAGAUGCACGUGCAAGAGUGGUUACCAGGGUGCCCUGUGUGACUCAUUGUGUCCGGAGGGCUUGACUGGGGUAGGGUGUGAACAAGUGUGUCCGUGUCAGAAUGAUGCCAUCUGUCUGCCAGAAGAACAGGGAUGUCAAUGCACUCCCGGAUUCUCGGGCGAGGUUUGUGCCGAUCCUUGUGAGGAAGACUCGUGGGGGGCAGACUGCACAGAAAACUGUCUGUGCUUCAAUGGCGGAGAUUGCAAUCCCAAAAACGGCACCUGUACCUGCUCCCCUGGAUUUUUCGGAAUAAAUUGCCAGCGGGAAUGUGAUCUUGGGUUCUGGGGUGAUCGGUGCAGUGGAAAUUGCUCUCACUGUUCUUUCGGAAUGCCCUGUGAUUUCAGAAAUGGGACCUGUCUUUGCAACGAGUUUCAAAAGGGGGAUAAUUGUGAAAUACUGUCGUGUCCCGAGGGUAAGUAUGGACCAGCCUGUUUCCAUAACUGUCUGUGUCAGAAUAAUGCCACCUGUGACAUGGUGACGGGUAGCUGUGAGUGUCUGGCAUUGGGUUUCACCGGGCCCUACUGCUCACAAGAGUGUCCUAAUGGGACCUUCGGAGUCAACUGUUCCCAGGAAUGCAACUGCACAAUGGACUUUUGUGACUCAGUGGUCGGGUGUGUCGAAAUAUCCAAAAGAGAUCAACAGUUUGGCGAAGUGUCUUCAGAUGAUAUUCCGUGGAUGGUCGUUACUUGUAUCUUGGGCGUGUUUUUCGUGCUACUCGCUGCGGGUGGUGGAUUUUUUGUAUGGAAACGCUUCUCCAGAAAAAUGAAGCCCAAAAAACCCCCUGCUGGUUAUCCACCCGAGAGAAAUGGGUUUGUGAAUCCAACGCUUGCCAAGAAAGAAGAAGACAAGGAAGCAGGGAUUUACAUAAGUUCGAACUCGGAGAUCGUGGCAUACAGCAGCGCAGCCUCUGUUUCGGGACAAGAUGAUCCAUGCACUAGUAGUGCACCACGACCCGAGGAUGAUAAAGAAUACUCUUUGACAGAUGAUGGGACCAAAAUGCAGAUGGAUAGAGACAACUCAAUUAAUGAAAAGAAUUCCCUUAAGGGUCCUUCUCAGAUUCAAAAACAGACGAGCUGUGACAAUGAAUACGCGGAUAUUAACACGCUUGACAACGAGGCCCCGAAACAUGACGAUCAGACACAAAAUCAUGCGAGUUCUAAUGAAUCCGCCCCUGAUUUUGACAAUGAUGAUUACCAGGGAAUCGAAUCUCACUACUCAAAAAUACAACUUUUGGAGUCUAAGACCGACAAAAUAUCAUCCGAGGUUGAUUCGGAAAAAGAGGCCUAUGUAAAUCCCUGCAGCGAAACUGAUAUGGGGAAUUAUGAUGCUUAUAACAUCGUCAGCCCAUUGCAUAAUGACAUGUAUGUCGAGCCGAAUAAAGAGAAGUCAAACGCUUCGAAAGACGAAAGUUCGACAAAAACUGAACAAGUUACUACUUAUAAACGAACGAAUGAAGGAGGGGUUUGUCAUGACACUGAAUACGUUGAUGGAUUGAGCGAUUAUGCUGAUUUGGGUGACAAUUGAUGCAUAAAAAAACUGAAAAAAAUGUGAAAUUUUUGUCUUGAUGAAGUUUUUUUAAAUUCAAACCCUUCUAAAGUAAGUUAGUUGCUUUGUAUAUUAGUAGUUCAUUUUC